GCAGGUUAGUCCGAUAAUCGUGGUCGCUGGUUUUCACCCUACGGGGAUGCCAAGAUGAACGUUGAUCCAAAUUUACGUGAGAUAUUCAAUUACGACUAUUAGCCAACUAUUUGCGAAACAUCGUGAUGACUUCCGAGAUAGGUGGCGAGGCCUCGUGUCUCCAGCGUCUUCAUCAAGAAGCUUUUAAUUGUUUAGAAACAUUUCCAAACAAGAUCAUCGAAUUGAAUAACUUCGUCAACGAGUACAUGCCGGAAUCUGUUAGAAAUAAUAAAUUCAACGAACCUGCGAUCGAUCGGGAAGUCAAGUGCCAAUCUACGCUUUCCACCGCGAAAAAUUGCGACCUAAGUAGCAUCUCAGACUUCGGCGUUUCCAGUUACUACUCUCUCUCGAUGUGCGAUCGCAAUCGAUCGCGACAUGGAAUCUGUAAAAGAAAAUACUAUCGAUCGCGAGGUAUAACAGGUUGUAACGUACGUCGAAGACCUGGACCGCUUGGACAACUUUUAGCAUUUAUAGUCAGCAGCUUGACGACAUGUACAAAGAAAAUCGUCGUUACUCCGUCACAGUACAUCAUGGACAACAUAAUUCCAACAUUCUUUCAAAAGCGAGAGUUGAAAAACGCACAAUGUGGACCGCCGAAUUGGAAUAGCUCUCUUUCGACUUACGUGACUACGGUAAAAAAAGACACCACGAUUAUUGGGAAACUUAUCGAUAUCAUGAGACCUGCUGUAGUAAAACUCAUUAACGACACUACGACCUUGAAACGCUGGCUACAAGCAAUUGCUUUGACCGCUACAUCGCCUCCGAUCGAACUAACGAAUGCAACUCGUAACACUGAAACCAUCGACUGUUGGGCUUACGAGCUGUUCUUUCAUCUCAAGUACCUUCAAGUGAAUCGCGGACGACGGACCACCGACAAAGUAAUGGCCGAGGCGGAGUCGAAACCUAACGAUGUGAUUCACGCUAACUUAUGGCACCGAUUAGUUCAGCUCCGCGAUAAUUACAUUAUUCUGUACGAGACUUUAAAGAACUACGAUAAAAUUCGCGAUCUCGAUUCGGAGAAACGGCAAGAAUAACAACGUAAUGGCCAGUUACAGCGAAUGUCGAGCGGAAGAAACACAGAUUCGGUUUAAUGCAUCCACUAAUUCCCUUCGGAUAAGCGAUUUAGACAUUUCGCUCUGUAUAGUUUUCCAAAGAACAUUAAUGCAAACUGUACAGCAGGUUUAACUCGAAUAGAAGGUCCGUCGGUCGAACCUCUCGCCCGUUUGUUUCGACACGAUUCAGCUGACAUGGCACGCUAUUGUAGCUAACAUUUAAACUUCGUGCCAAGGAAGGGAACGCAGGCGCAGGCUACGGAAUUUUUACUUCGCCGAGAUUGCACCACCCGACCUGCAGUCACCAUUCGCUCCAUCGACUUUUUUCCACCGAGUAAUAGCGUAACCUACUUCACCAGAUAAAACGUCAAACACUUUUUACGACCAAGUAAUACUAUCGAACGUUAAUAUCUAGGAUCUAGCCCGGCUUAUAGCGAGACCGAUAUCGGUGCAAUUUCGAUCGUACAAAUUUUAAUAGCGAUGGAUUUCGCAAUAGAAACGUUUUUUUUUUUUUUUUUAGUCGUCGAACAAAGAUUGUUUGCGAAACGUAUAGGGAUACAGAGGAUCAGCGUUACGGUGUUUCCAGUGAAACGAGUUUACGAGGAACCAGCCAUCGGACGCGAUAGAAUUAUUAAUCAUUUACCGACAAACGCAUGCUGCACGCGUCCAUUUAUGUUUUGGCGUUCUUCGAUCGUUUCGUAUUCAACUAACGUGAGCAACACUUGUCAUACCAUAUAGGUUAAUAUCGUAUUUAAAAAUCCCUUUCUCGAAUUACCAUCUUAUACAUUUUUACGAUGAUAAAUCGUCAUAUUAUAACGGAUGAAACGUAAAUGGGGAAAUAAAACGUGGCUAGUUGAGGGAUAUGCAGAAUUCAAACACCGAGUCCAUUCUUCUAUUCCCACGAUAAAUGCAGCGGCAAAUCUUUCUCUGGAUAGAGGGAGUGUCAGUGCACAUCAUGGUAACUGGUAUAGUCGUAUACAGCUAUAGAACGGUAUCGCAAAAGAGAUUGUGUUGCUUCUAGAUAUUGUUGAGACGGUAUAAAAUUCACAAGAAAAGGAAUUAUAUCAUAGUCUAACUGGAGCCGAUAAAAGAUGUUUUAAAACGUUUAAAAAACUACGUUUACCGUACGAUAUCUCGUAGAGAAACGUUCGGUGCGGAUACUUUUGUUCGUCACUGUACUUUUCAUCUUCGUGAUCGGCUGGUGCUCCUAUAAUCUAACUACGAAUCAUUAGACGUGGUGUCAUAAAGCAACGCUCAUGGACGUUAUUACGCCAUUAAUGUCGAAAUGCUGACAGUACCUCACGGUAUUAAAUUCUUACGACCGUUAAGCAGUUAUAAAUCGAAAUUAUUUGUUAUUCGUUAAGAAGAGGAUGGAAUCGGUAAUUUGUAAGAACAUUUCCUUUCGUUCUCUUUGCUUGCAAAUAGAAAAUGUCAGGAAGGGAAUACAUCUAAGAACGGUUUUCCCAUUUAAGCCGAUGUGUUAGAUAUCCGUCAGUACAUCUAGGCAAAGGUAAGAGCGUUAAACGAGUACCGACCCCAACUAACCUAUGAUCUUGGUUGAUAGUUGAUCGGGAGUUAAGCUUCGCUCCAUCCAUAACAGCUUCGAACGAAAUCCCUCGUGUGGCUCCAUCGUGCGAACGAACGGUAGUCACGACUCUGAUUACGUAGCGUGUAAAACACCAAGGAGCCGUACGAGAGGAAAAAUAAGCGGACAGAAAGAGAAGGAUCAUCGAAGGAACGAGAAAACUAGAUAAGAGAUAAAACAAAAUUUAUAUCCUACGAGAUA